ACUGCCUGCAAAUAACGCGAAUCUCUCUCUCUUCCUUUCUCUCUCAUCCCAAUCGAAACCGAAACCGAACUGCGAUUGCGAACAAAUUUUUAAUCAUUCAUUCAUUCACAACAAAAGGGAUCCGAAAAAAACAACACGAAUCACACUAAUUUCAGACCCCAAUCCUGGUUACGCCUCAUCUUUUCCUCGCAUAUACCCGUGCAGGCGAGGAGUUUGGACCAGGAUUUCUGGAUUAGGGUUAGGGUUAGGGUUUGUUUUUGUCCUUUUAUCUACAUAGUGCGUGCAUGCGAGGGUCUGGAUCACAUGUAUGGCAGUGUUGUUAUCUGGAUAGUGUGGAAUUUGGGGCUUUGACCAUGGAGCGCGCCAGAGGUGGGUUAAUUCUUGGUUAUUGUUGGUGAUGACUAGAGACCGAUGUCUCCUGGGAAAGAAGAUGAUGGGUAGGGGUGCGGACGGAGGCUGUGGUACUGAGGAGAGGCCUUGCCCACUGUCUAGAGUGCCCAACAGAAUACCGUUGACCCAAACUCAAGCACAAGAGGAGAAGCUUUGUACUGUGAACAUUGAUUAUUACGCGCAGGCUCAAAAGGCGUUGUGCGAGCGCUCGCCAUUUGAUGUUGCGGAAGAGACUUCAGCUUCUUGUGUGCCUACUUUGCCCAGUAGGCUGGGGAGCUUUUUGGUUAGACAUUCGGAUGGUAAGAAACGGCAGCGGAAAUCGAAUUCCGGGGCAGACAAGAAGUCUUCUCGGCAAGGUGAAAGGUCGCGUGGCUCCAACAUUUGGGUUGAGACCGAGGAAUAUUUUAGAGACUUGGCGUUGCCUGAUGUAGACACUUUGCGUGCAGCGUCUUCCUUUAGCAGUUUAGUGGCUAGGAAGUGUUUUACAAUUCCGUCUUUGGGAAAUGUUCCAGAAGCAAAUGUAGGUGGCAGUGAGAAUGUUAGUGAUCAGAAUAUGGAUGGGGUCGUUGUUAAAGACGAGGUUGUGGAUGAUCGUUUGUGCUCGGAAAUGAGCAUGGCUGAAGCCAAUGGUUCACCUCCGGAAGACAAGGGUUGUUUGAAUUUGGAUUCUUCUCGCGGAUUAGAAUGGCUCUUAGGUUGUAGGAAUAAGGUGUCUUUAACUUCGGAGCGGCCUUCGAAGAAACGGAAGCUUCUAGGUGGCGACGCAGGGUUGGAAAAAGUUCUGAUUGCUUCUCCUUGCGAAGGAAAUUCAUCUCUAUGCCACUUUUGCUCGAAGGGUGAUACGGACAAAGGGUUAAAUCCGUUAAUCACUUGUAGUUGUUGUCAUGUGGUGGUUCACCAUAAGUGCUAUGGCAUAAGAGAAAAAGUUAUUGGAUCCUGGUUGUGUUCUUGGUGUAAGCAGAAGGAUAAAACCAAUGAUUCCACGAAGCCUUGUUUGCUCUGUCCCAAGCAGGGUGGUGCUCUGAAACCUGUACAUAAGAACGUCAACAGUGGAUUUUCUGUCGAAUUUGCUCAUUUGUUUUGUUGUCAGUGGAUGCCAGAGGUAUAUAUAGAGGACUUGACGCAGAUGGGGCCCGUUAUGAAUAUGGGAGGUAUAAAAGAAACUCGGAAGAAGUUAGUAUGUAACAUAUGCAAGGUCAAGUAUGGAGCCUGUCUUCGGUGCAGCCAUGGAACUUGCAGAACCUCCUUUCAUCCAAUUUGUGCAAGGGAGGCUAAACAUAGAAUGGAAGUCUGGGCAAAAUAUGGGUGUGAUAAUGUUGAGCUUCGAGCUUUCUGCUCAAAGCACUCAGAAACACGAGAUUUUAGGAGCAGUGGCCAAGUUCAAGACACUUCUGAAGCUGUUAACUGUAACUCAUAUGUGGUCAACCACCUUCCAGUGACAUUGUCAGUUAACAGACCGCAGAAAUUAGUUGGGAGAAGGAACAUUGAUAAUCUUUUACUCUGUAAGGAAGCUUCUGAUACGAACUCUGGAAAAUUGGGCGAUGGUGAAUUAGAAGAUAUAGGAUCCACGGAUCUAAGUUUAAAUGCUGAUUCUGUUGGUACACACAAGUCUACUAUCCAGGGGGUUGAGGAUGUCAACCCACUUGACUCCCUUAAAUUUGCAUCGAUUAUGAAAAAGUUGAUUGAUCAAGGAAAAGUCAAUGUUAAAGAUGUAGCCUCAGAAAUUGGCAUACCGCCUGAUCUAUUAAGUGCAAAACUUACAGUAAUGCCUGCUGACAACCUUGUCCCUGACUUGAAAUCUAAAAUUGUCAGAUGGCUAAAAAAUCAUGCUUAUAUUGGUGCCCUGCAAAAAAAUUUGAGAGUCAAACUUAAAUCGGCUGUUUUGUCCAAGGCUGUUGUUGGAGCUGCUGAUCGUUCUGACUCUUUAUCAGUUCCUGAAUCUGAAAAUUCAGAUCUUAUUGCUGAUAAAUUGGUUAAAACUCGACGAAAAACUAAAAGCAAUAUGAGCCAUCUGAAGAAUGAUGAAAUCAAAUGUUCAUCUGAAGAGACUUUAGGUGGUGGUCUAGCAAUGCAUAGUGAUUCCUUGGAUCAGCAAGAUAGUGAAGAACCGGGUGAUUCAAAUAAGGAAUGUAUCCAAGACUCUAGUGAAAAGCAUUUGAACGAGCAUGAUAAUUCUCGAGAUUCUUCUUCAAGGAUUUUCCCAAAUGAUGUAGGCAAUACAGUUAGACCCUUAAAUUGUAGCCUCACGGAAAGUGAUCGUUUAGAGGCUGCUGUUUCUGGCCACAAGUCUUCAAUAAGUGCAGCUCAUGGAAAUGCUGGAGAGGCCCCCAGUUCUUAUUUUCAUCCAUACGUUCAAGAGAAGGUGUCGCAUUUCUUGGAUGGAAGGCUUUUAAGUAACUACAUACUUGGAUCUAGUGAUUUGAUUGGGGGAGAGAUGUCACGUUGGCAAGCAUCCUCCAAUGCUGGCGUCUGCUGUGAUCAUGAAUACCAGGGUUUAGAGUGCAAUGACGUGGGUUGCCAAUCUGGUGGAUUUAAUCCGAAGCAGCUAGUCAAUAAAAAAAUAGCUGAAAUUAUGAAGUUGUCUCCAGAAGAUGAAAUUGAAGGAGAAAUUAUAUUUUAUCAGCAUAGAUUACUCGCAAAUGCAGUUUCAAGAAAGCAGUUCACUGAUCAUUUAAUCUGUAGUGUUGCUAAGAGUCUUCCUAAGGAGAUUGAUGAAGCAAGAAGUACGAGAUGGGAUGCUGUGCUCAUUAAUCAGUAUUUUAGUGAGCUUAGAGAAGCAAAGAAACAGGGUAAGAAAGAGAGAAGACAUAAGGAAGCACAGGCUGUACUAGCUGCUGCGACUGCUGCUGCUGCAGCCUCUUCUAGGAUGUCAUCAUUCAGGAAAGAUGUAUAUGAAGAAUCUACUCAUAGAGAGUUGAUGCCUCGUGCAAAAGAAACACUUACAAAGGUUGCUCUCCCAAAGACUUCAUUAGAGUCGGACUUCAGUAAAGAACAUGCUAGAUCCUGUGAUAUCUGCCGGCGGCCAGAGACAAUAUUAAAGCCAAUUUUAGUCUGCUCUAGUUGCAAGCAGGUUGCGGUACAUCUGGAUUGCUAUUGCGCUGUUAAAGAGUCCUCAGGUCCAUGGUGUUGUGAAUUAUGUGAAGAGUUAUCAUCAUCAAGAGGCUCUGGAGCUCCAGUUGUCAAUUUUUGGGAGAAAUCAUAUUUUGUUGCAGAAUGUGGUCUAUGUGGUGGCACCACAGGUGCAUUCAGGAAAUCAUCUGAUGGCCAGUGGGUCCAUGCCUUCUGUGCAGAGUGGGUCUUCGAAUCAACUUACAGAAGAGGACAAGCAAAUCCUGUGGUAGGAAUGGAGACGGUUUCAAAGGGGGUGGACUCUUGCUAUAUUUGUCACCGCAAACAUGGUGUCUGUUUGAAGUGCAAUUAUGGUCAUUGUCGGUCCACUUUUCAUCCUUCGUGCGCUAGAAGUGCUGGAUGUUACAUGACUGUAAAGACUUCUGGUGGUAAGUUGCAGCACAAGGCAUAUUGCGAAAAGCAUAGCUCAGAGCAGAGAGCAAAGGCUGAGAACCAAGCACAUGGAAUCGAGGAGUUGAAUAGAGUCAAGCAAAUUAGGGUUGAACUAGAGAGGCUACGCCUACUCUGUGAAAGAAUCAUCAAGCGUGAGAAGAUUAAGAGAGACCUGGUUCUUUGCUCACAUGAUGUCCUUGCUUUUAAAAGAGACCAUGUAGCCCGAUCCGUACUAGUUCAAACUCCUUUCUUCCUACCUGAAGUGAGUUCUGAAUCAGCAACCACAUCCUUAAAGGGGCAUGUGGAAGAUUUAAAAUCGUGCAGUGAAGCUGUGCAGAGAUCAGAUGAUUUAACUGUGGAUAUCACAGUUUCCAUCAAGCACUGGAAUAAAGUACCGUUGCCUUUGGACACCGAACAAAAGACUGACGACGACAGUUCCACAUCUCAAAACCUGUUCUCCAGAAAAUUUGCAGAGAGGGCUCAGUUUUCUGGGAAGCAAAUACCUCAGAGAUCUUCUACUACAUCACGUCAUCUUUUAGAUGUUGGAGGAUUGAGGUUCAAGUCCAGAAAGCAUGCCGAAACAUUUCAGAAAGAGCUAGUAAUGACGUCAGAUCAAGCAUCAAUGAAGAACUCUCUUUUGCCUAAGCAGUACCUGUAUGUUCCUGCUGAUGUCCUUGCCAAGGAGAAGCAAGUCAACCAGGAAACAGGUUCCGCCGAGCCACCGAAAUGCGACAGGUAGUCUGAGAAGGCAUUUCUUGUGUUUCAGAUUUCCAAAUUGGAGGCCAAACAUCCAUAUGCCUCAGGGACCCAUAUCCUGCUCAGAAACCGAGUCUGAGAGCGAGUGACAUGGUGAACGGAGAAGAGCAGGGGAAUGCUGGGAUAGACUCGGGCGGGGCGCCAGGUUUUGAGUUGGGCAUCGGAAGUUUUGGCAUGGCAGAUGUACAUUCAAUGUUGAGAGUAAUUGUACAGGUGGGUGGGAGCCAUGGUUAAACGUUGCAAUGGGGACAGAGUGAGUUUUCCACAUCUUUGAGAUUUGUUUUCCUGGUGGGUAAAGUCGAAUUUUUAGGUGUUAGCUAUUGUGUGUACGAGGAGUUGGGAGGGAAAAAAAGGAGAGAAUUGUUGCUGUGAUGCUGCUGCCACUGUAAAGUUGGUGUAUAAUUGAUACGCAAUCAAUCAUUCUGUCCAUCCUCUUGAAACCAACUCGACCCUCUCUUCUAAAUGGAACAAUAAUGCUCAACGCUCAUUUAUUAGA